GUGGGUGGCUGAGUAGAUGUGGGGGUAACAGAGGCUGAGGGAUCCACGAUGAUUCCUAGUUUCUGUCUUGAACAACUGGAUAAAUAGAUGGUGGGGCUGUCGUGGAGAGGUCAAGACUGGGGAGAGUCAGGUUUGAGGAGGAAAGUGGUGACUUUAGUUUGGGGACUUCAAACUUAACACAUCCCUAAUAACCCACUCCACAUUGUCACUCAGCUUCCAGGAGGUAUCAAGCAGGCAGCUGGAUAAACAGGCCUGGUGCUCAGAAGAACGGUUUGGGCAAGGAAAAGAUAUGGAAGCUGGCAACAUUUAGAUGGCAUUAAGCUGUGGGAGAUGUACCCAGCCCAUGAGUGGGGAGGAUGAGGCCCAUUCGGGGAUGGGGAGAAAGACAGAUCCUCUGGGAAAAUAAGAUGUGCAGCCAGAGAGAUAGGUGGAAAGCCAGAGGCAUGUUGCCUUUUGAAAUCCAAGACAAGGAAAGGCUCAAGGAAGAGGAAGAGAACUAUACAGUGAAAAGCUUUGCUGAGAUCAAGCAGGAUAAGGACCAAACAUUGGACACUGGAUUCAGCAAUGGGGAAGUCACUGGUGACCUUGUCCCGACCAGUCAGGGGAGUACUGGGUACAGAAGCUGGACCAGGAUAGGAAGAAGAGUGGGUGGGUUUAGAGAGGAAAUGGAGGUAGACACCUCUUCAAGAAACUUGGCUCUAAAAGAGCCAAAUAGGGUGAGGGGUAGGGUAGCUAGAAAGAGACUGGGAGUCCACAGAGGGGUCAUUUCUUUUUGUAGUUAUUUAUUUAAAGUUAACUUUAUACUGAAAUAUAAUAUUCACACAGAAAGGGUACAUGUCCUAAGUGUACAGCUCACAAGACAUUUUCACAAAGGAACACACCCAUAUAGGAUCAGGAAAUAGAACCCAGAUUAGGAAACAGAACAUAAUCAGUACCCUGUCAGCCCCCUUGUGCUCCCUUCCAGUCACUACUCCCCAGGGGUAGUGUCACUACUAUUAAUAGUCACUACUAUUCUGACUCUGUCACCAUAGAUUAAGUUUAACUGUUUUUGAACUUUAUAUCAAGGAAUUCAAACAUAUAUCCUCUCUUGUGGUCUUGCUUUUUUCACUCAACAUUAUGUCUGUAGGAUUCAUCCAUAUCGUUGCAUGCGGUUGUAUAUUGUUCAUUCUUUUUGUUGUAUAGCAUUGCAUUAUCUACUGAUGGGCAUUUGGAUAGUUUCCAGGGUUGUUUUCAUCUUUUAUGUGGGAGUGACUUGAGCUUGUUUGAGGCUUGUGGAGAAAGUUUGCAACACUCAUCUUCCAUGGGAAGGGAGAGAGAUGGCUAAGGUCACACAUGAGGAUUUCCCGCAUGGGAAACAAAAGCCUGGCUGAGGCUGAGAUUUGCUCUUUUCCAGCCCAGCUGCUGUGCCAAGACCUCUGGCAGCUCCCGCCAGCCUGUGCACAGGUGCAGAGAAGGCAGGGGGUUGGGUUGCCCAGGGCUGGUUUCUGCCAGGUAAGAGAGAAGCCCAGGGUGCUGGGGAUAUUGGUAGCAGGCGAGCAAGCUGGAGUGGUGGCUGCAGAUCCAGGCUGGGGAGAAGGGUGUGCAAGGAAGGUAGGGAAGAGAAGGUAGGAGGGAACUGGCAGAGAGAAAGGAAGCAGAGGCGGAUUGUGAGCUCUGUGCAGGGCGAUGUCUGUGCAAUUCCGGCUGUUAUCUCCAGAGACUUGCGUAGGGUUGUCACUUAGUAAAUAGUUGAAUAAAUGAGCUGAGGGCUCAAGAGGUCACAGGUAGAAGGCAGGUGAAGUGGGGGUGAUGGAGAUGUGGUUCUGAUUUAGGAAAGGGGCAUUCCAGAGCCAGGUGAUGAGACUGGGGUGUUCUCAUGGAGGGUGGCUGCAGGGAGCAGAGAGGCCAGUGUUGGGUGGGCAAUCCAUGGGAAUGCAUAGCUGCCAGCAUAGGGUGCACAGCACCCAGUCUUCAAGGAGGGAGGGGGAGAUAGCAUUUCUCAAACUAGGAUCCUUGGACAUCUUGCAUCUGAAUCUGUAAGGGGGUGGUGGGCUGGUUGGAAAUGCAGACCCCUGGGCCCACCCCAGCCUCUUGGGGAAAAAGUAAGCCCAGUGCAGCAGAAUUGAGCAUGGUGGCUAUGGUGGCCUUUAUCCAGGCUAGAGUUGGAUAGGGAUAGUCAAUGAAGAGAUACUGGGGGCAGGAAAGGGCCAACACCAAGGGGAUUCAGUCCAUGUGAGGUGGGGGCCAGAAGGAUGGGGCCUCUGCCCUAGGAUGCAGCUUCUGCCAGAGAGAAGGGCCUGAUUGGGCAGUGGGACCAGAUCCUCUACCCUGUGGCCUGGGGGUAGAGAGGGUGUCCAGACUGAGCAUCCCCUCUGAGGGUGGAGGGAUGGGGGUGGUGCAUGGUGCUAUGGGACUCUCUGCACCCAGCUGCUUCUCUUCCUUCUCUCGGCUGCAACACAUAAUAUGGGGUUGAUCCAGUCCCCCACUUUUAGCUCCUUCUCAGCCUCCAAACUCCCUCAUGCUCAGGGCUUCUCUGCCGUCCUUUGGCACAGUCCCUCCACUCAGCACCCCCAGCCCUUCCUUCCACUCUCUCAGCCCCUGCUCUCUAGCCUUCACACACUCAGAACCCCAACUCUAAGCCCUCUGUGUCCAGCUCUCCCUCAGCACCCCUCAACAGCCACUUCAUGAGGCCCCUGUGCUAACUGCACCCAAUUCAGCCCUACCCGGUGUCCUCACUCUGUUUAUCCCUCCAUAUUCACCGCUGCCCUCGACUCCCUUUACCCACACUCCUGACCCAGCCGAGAAGACCCCCGUAAGUCCCCUGCCUGAGGGGAACCUCCAGUCACCCCUCCCAGAGGCUGGGAGGGGGGCCAAGGGCCCGGUGCCCCCGUGGUCCGGCUGGUCCCGCCCCAUCCCGGCGGGCUGAGUCAGGCGGCAGGAACUGGGCGGGGGGCGGCGCCGGGAGGAGCUGAAGCAGGAGCCAGAGUCGCUGGGAGCGAGCGCGGAGCCCAGACCGGCCGGCACCGAGUGGCCCUGGGCCGGCGGGGACACGGGGGGCAAGCGCGGGGCUUGGAGGGCUGUCCCGGACCUACCAUGAACUCCAAGAAGAGAGGGAGCCCCGCGCGGACUCGUUCCAUGAUGUCCCUGUCGGUGCGGCCGCAGCGCCGCCUGCUCAGCGCCCGGGUCAGUAGGAGCCAGUCCUUCGCAGGCGUCCUCGGCAACCAGGAGCGGGGGCCCAGGAGCUUCCCAGCCUUCAGUCCCCCGGGGCCCCCACGGAAGCCCCCAGCGCUCUCCCGAGUGUCCAAGAUGUUUUCAGUGGCGCACCCGGCCCCCAAGGUCCCGCAGCCUGAGCGGCUGGACCUGGUGUACGCGGCACUCAAGCGAGGCCUGACGGCCUAUUUGGAAGUGCACCAGCAGGAACAGGAGAAACUCCAAAGACAGAUAAAGGAGUCCAAGAGGAAUUCCCGCCUGGGCUUCCUGUAUGACUUGGACAAGCAAGUCAAGUCCAUUGAACGCUUCCUACGACGGCUGGAGUUCCACGCCAGCAAGAUCGACGAGCUGUAUGAGGCAUACUGUGUCCAGCGGCGUCUCCGGGAUGGUGCCUACAACAUGGUCCGUGCCUACAGCACCGGCUCCCCAGGGAGCCGUGAGGCCCGGGACAGCCUGGCCGAGGCUACUCGGGGGCAUCGGGAGUACACAGAGAGCAUGUGCCUGCUGGAGAGCGAGCUGGAAGCACAGCUGGGAGAGUUCCAUCUCCGGAUGAAAGGGCUGGCCGGCUUCGCCAGGCUAUGUGUGGGCGAUCAGUAUGAGAUCUGCAUGAAAUAUGGGCGUCAGCGCUGGAAACUACGGGGCCGCAUAGAGGGUAGUGGAAAGCAGGUGUGGGACAGUGAGGAAACCGUCUUUCUUCCUCUGCUCACAGAGUUCCUGUCCAUCAAGGUGACAGAACUGAAGGGCCUGGCCAACCAUGUGGUUGUAGGCAGCGUCUCCUGUGAGACCAAGGAUCUGUUCGCUGCCCUGCCCCAGGUUGUAGCUGUGGACAUUAAUGACCUUGGCACCAUCAAGCUCAGCCUGGAAGUCAUGUGGAGUCCCUUUGACAAGGAUGACCAGCCCUCAGCCGCUUCUACUGUCAACAAGGCCUCCACAGUCACCAAGCGCUUCUCCACCUACAGCCAGAGCCCACCAGACACGCCCUCACUUCGGGAACAGGCCUUCUAUAAUAUGCUGAGGCGGCAGGAGGAGCUGGAGAAUGGGACAGCGUGGUCCCUGUCAUCCGAAUCUUCCGAUGACUCCUCUAGCCCACAGCUCUCAGGCACUGCGCGCCACUCCUCAGCCCCCAGGCCCCUGGUGCAGCAGCCUGAGCCUCUGCCCAUCCAGGUUGCCUUCCGUAGGGCUGAGACCUCCACUUCUGGGACCGUGGAUGAGGAGAGGGCCAUGGCCCCAGCCCUGGCCAAUGGGCAUGCCCCCUACAGCCGGACUCUGAGCCAUAUCAGUGAGGCCAGUGUGGAUGCUGCCCUGGCUGAGGCUUCAGUGGAGGCUGCAGGCCUAGAAAGUCUAGUCCAGGGACCCAGCCCACCUGCACCCCCAGAUCCCACACAUGGGGAGCACCCUAGUCCUGUCCUUUCUGCCCUGGACCCUGGCCAUUCUGCCACAAGCCCCACUCUCAGUACAACAGGCCCCGCCCACACAUCUACAGACCCUGCCCCCUCUGCACACCUAGACUCAGUUAACAAGAGCAUAAAUUCUAGCUCUCCUGAAUUGCCAGACCCCACCCACACCACUACAAGCUCCACCUCUAGUGCCGUAAGCCCUACCCAUAGUGCUCCAAGCCUCACUCACACUACCACAAGUUCUACCCACAAGACUGUGGUCUCUACCAUCACUAUUACAGGCCCUACCCCCAGUACCACAGGGCCAGUCCAGACCACCACAAGUCCCACCCACAAGCCAAUGCUUUCUACCCUCACUCCUGCAGCUCCUGCUCCCAAUACUACAGACCCAGUCCAGACCACUACAAGCCUCAGCCACACUGUCACAAACCUGACACACACUGUCACAAGCCCCACCAGCAAGCACAUGAUCUCUACCCUCUCUACUGCAGGCCCUACCCCCAGUACCACAGACCCAGCCCAGACUACCACAAGCCCCACCCAUACUACCACUAGCACCACCCACACUACUGCAAGCCCUACCCACACCACCAUAAGCCCCACCCACACUGCUACAAGCCCCACCCAUACCACAAUAAGCCCCGCCCACACUACUGCAAGCUCUACCUACACCACCACAAGCAGUACCCACACUACUGCAACCCCUACUCACACAGCCAGGAUUUCAACUCACACCGCUACACCCAAUGCUAAGGACCCAGUCCAGAUCACCAGGAGUCCUACCCAUUCUGUCACAAGUCCCACCCUUAUGACUGUAAGCCCUUCCACUUUUCUAGACCUUGCCACGCUCUCCAACCCCUCUGCAAACACAGACCCUCCCCUCCCAGGCAUCGACCCCCUGUCCUGUAGCUACGCAGCCUCCACUUCCUGCACUCAGGCAGACCCCAUAGCCCUCAGCACCUCCCACCCAAGUCCUACCUGUUCCAGUUGGGAACCCCUCACAAGCCCUUCCCCAAAACUCCCAGAAGCCAUCCAUCAGAGCCCAAGUCCCCCUCCCUCACCCCUAGCCCCUGUGACCCAGCAUUCAGACCCUAGAGUGGCCAGGGCUGCCCAGGCCCCAGUUCCAGGGGCAGCUGGAGGUGCUGGGGACAGGAAACUGGAAGAGGCACUGGGGGCCCUAAUGGCUGCCCUGGAUGACUAUCGUGGCCAGUUUCCUGAGCUGCAGGGCCUGGAGCAGGAGGUGACCCGGCUGGAGAGUCUGCUUAUGAGACAAGGCCUGACUCGCAGCCGGACCUCCAGUCUUAGCAUCACUGUGGAGCAUGCCCUGGAGAGCUUCAGCUUCCUCAAUGAAGAUGAAGAUAAUGACAGUCCUGGGGACAGGCCCCCAAACAGCCCGGAGCCUGGGGCUGAGGACAGCCUCGACUCACCUAGUGCCCGACCCCUCAGCACGGAGUGUCCAGCUCUGGACACUGCCUUGGUCCAGCACCUGUACCACUGCAGCCGCCUCCUGCUGAAACUGGGCACAUUUGGGCCCCUGCGCUGCCAGGAGGCAUGGGCCCUGGAGCGGCUACUGCGGGAGGCCCGAGUGCUCGAAGCAGUAUGUGAGCUUAGCAGGCGAUGGGAAAUCCCUGCCACCUCUGCCCAGGAAGUGGUGCAGUUCUCGGCCUCCCGGCCUGGCUUCCUGACCUUCUGGGACCAAUGUACAGAGGGACUCAGCCCCUUCAUCUGCCCUGUGGAGCGGGUGCUCCUCACCUUCUGCAAUCAGUAUGGCGCCCGUCUCUCCCUGCGCCAGCCAGGCUUAGCCGAGGCUGUGUGUGUCAAGUUCCUGGAAGAUGCCCUGGGGCAGAAGCUGCCCCGGAGGCCCCAGUCAGGCCCUGGAGAGCAGCUCACCGUCUUCCAGUUCUGGAGUUACGUCGAAGCCUUGGACAGCUCCUCCAUGGAGGCCUAUGUGACCGAGACUGCCGAGGAGGUGUUACUGGUGCGGAAUCUGAACUCAGAUGACCAGGCUGUUGUGCUGAAAGCCCUGAGGUUGGCACCUGAGGGGCGGCUUCGAAGGGAUGGGCUCCGGGCCCUCAGCUCCCUGCUUGUCCAUGGCAACAACAAGGUCAUGGCUGCUGUCAGCACUCAGCUCCGGAGCCUGUCACUGGGCCCUGCCUUCCGGGAAAGGGCCCUACUCUGCUUCCUGGACCAGCUCGAGGAUGAGGAUGUGCAGACGAGAGUGGCUGGCUGCUUGGCCCUGGGCUGCAUCAAGGCUCCUGAAGGCAUUGAGCCCCUGGUGUACCUGUGCCAAACGGACACAGAAGCCGUGAGGGAAGCAGCUCGGCAGAGCCUGCAGCAAUGCGGGGAAGAGGGACAGUCUGCCCAUCGACGGCUGGAGGAGUCACUGGAUGCCCUGCCCCGCAUCUUUGGGCCCGGCAGCAUGGCCAGCACGGCAUUUUAAACUCCCCACCCACCGGCCCCCAGUGCCCCUUCCCCCCACAUUCAGGGCUUACCAGGCACUGGCAGGGAGGGUGAGGGCUGGCUCCAGACACUCCUCCCUCACAGACUCCUAUCAAUGAAAAUCUAAUAUAUUCUCCUUUUGUCCUCGGGGUGGGUAGAGUCAGUGCCGCAGUCAAGUGCCUCCCAGCCUCGGCUCAGCACACUUGCCAUAGAUCGGUGUCCCGGGCCUGGCCGUCCUGCCUCUGCCCUGCCACGUCCCUUGGUUUUGUAUUUUAUUUACAGAGUUUUACAGAAAAUAAAAAAGCAAAAUGCCUUUCCUACAUAGCCUGGACUGGUGCACUACUGACCUUCUGCUCCAGCACACUCUGGCUGUGGCCCUGACACUAGUGUGUCCACACUCCAACCGUGACAAUGCCAUGUGCUUUUGCCCUGGAAAUCCAGAUGGAAGAGAGCCCAGAGGCUGGAACUGGGCUUGGAAAAGAGGGCAGAGGAAGAGGGUGGUGGAG